AUGGCUAGUACUAAGACACAGAAGUCGAUGAACUCCAACGAGCAGGAUCGGCAUGCAGAUGGCAUCAGAAUUAGCGGACAGGAACGCGCGACAUUCGCAUCCAUCCUUGCAAUCGUUGAUUUGGACGCAAUAUCCAAGUUUGCUUCUACGGUGCGCCAGUCAGGCCACCUUUCCACAGCAACCAACCUCACGAGGAUAGUGGCCUCACUCGGCUUCACACCCUGCAAAGUAAACUCAGCACCAUUCUCGGGAUCUUACAACAUUGUCUUUGCCAUCGAGUUUACUGAUGGCGUUUGCUGGAUGCUAAAAAUCCCCGCCAACGGCCAUAAUCAGCAGUUUGGUGAGCUUGCAAGCAAGGCUCUUAUAUCUGAAGCGCGCACUAUGCAAUUGAUCAAGAAAGCAACAACGAUUCCUAUUCCUGCUGUGUAUGCAUUUGACGGUUCUUUGGAUAACGAGUUGCAUGUGCCUUUCAUCUUAAUGGAGCGAAUCGAUGGGACACCUCUGUACAAAGGAUGGUUCAACGAAGACGAAAAACCAAAGGCUCAGCUCGAGAAAUUUCGGGCUAGAGCUUUACAGAGCCUUGCAGCGGCUAUGGCACAGCUAAAUCUGUUCAUGCUGGAUCAUGGAGGCUCGGUUGUAUUCGAUUCUGAUGGCAAAGCGGUCGGUGUUGGAGGAGCGAAGAUCGUUGAUGCGAAUGCCAUGUGGUAUUCAGAAGACGAAAACCCAAACAACAUCGACAUCUUCUGUGAGAAAGGACCAUUUGCUGAUCCAAAACCCGCUCUUCGUUUCAUGCUGGACCGUCGUCCAUCGAGACCUGAAGAUGACGCAUACCUCAAGGGUGUUGAUGCUUUACUGCGCAUGUUCGUCGAGUGGGCGUGCGAAAAGAAACCACACGGGCCCCGUUUUGUCUUGGCACACCCCGAUUUCGAUAUUCAGAAUAUCCUGGUUGCUGAAGAUGGAACGCUACGCGGUUUGAUUGACUGGGAUGGUGCUGCUGCAGUGCCGCGAGAGGUCGGCUGCGCCCAGUUUCCCAUUUGGCUGAUGCAUGACUGGAUAGAGACUCAAUAUGACUACGACGUUAGUGCGGGAAAGCCACGGGAAGAAGCUGGAUAUAAUGAGAGCUCACCUAACGAGCUUUCGUGCUACCGAGCGAUGUACGCGCAGUUUAUGGAACAGGAAAUUGCGCUCAACUAUAAAGGGUCGGCACAUCUCACAGUCCACGGUACCACGCCCAAGGAAGAAGCUGAUGUGACUCGGCGGUCUCUGGUGAUGAAAAAUUUGGAAAUUGCUACGAACACUCCUAUGGUUACCUCCGAUAUUGUUGACCAUAUGCUGGCCUUGAUUGUAGACCUCACAAAAUUGGACUGGGAGGAUGUACAGCCCGACUGUGACUCAUCCUUCUCAACCCAUAGUGAAAUAGAGACCGAGAUGAUAGAGCGCAAGCUGGGUAGUGCCACAGUGGAGUACGUUUCAGGCAGCAGCGGCAGCGGCAGCGAGAGCAACAUCUGCAGCAAUAGUGAUAAAGACAGCACCGACACCAAAGCGACAGAGAUAGAUGAUGAGGACCAAGCCAUGGUAACUAACGAUUCUACCAAUCAGUUCGAUGGUAAAGCCGUCAACAUGGACGCUUUUGUAACCGAGCCCCCACUCCUGAGCAAAGUCGAAGCCCGAGAGCAGGGAACGGAACCCUCUGCUGAUUCUCGUGGCGACAAACCAAGCUCAACUUCUCUGGGUUGGACGUGGAGACUGCUUCGACUCGGUUGCGAUAAGGCUGAAAUUUGCCUGAGAAGUAUUGCCAAGAUCGGCCAUGUUCAGAAUGAUGCCGUCGGUAGAGUGGCGGAAGUACCGGCCAAAGUCGAAACACAACAUGGUAAAGUCGCCAUGCAGGGAGAGUUUAGACAGAUCAAAGAUAUCUCUUCCACUCAAGGUAUGGAGGCUUCGCGGCAGCCCACUAACAUAGCAUCAAUAAUACCUACGGCAAAGGUCGACGAGAUCUCUGCGAGGAAGGCUGAUCUCCUCAAACCGGCUAAGGCGGAGAAGAAGCUUACUGAGUAUACUGAAGAGAAGGCUGAAACCGAGGAGCAAGGAAUAUGGGAGCGAAUUGCUAUCGAUGUCCGCAACUGUGGUGUAUCCGUCGAAAUCCUUCGAAAGCAUGAAUUCCAGAUUACAUCAUGCGUCAUUUAUACAAUCAUUAACGAGCUCAAGGCAGAGCAGAAGCAAGACCAGGAUCUGACGGCAUACGUAACACUCGCGGAGGAAGCAAUAUCCGUUGCCACUGAGACGGCGAGUAGCAGUACAGCUGAUGCUGAGCCUGACAGCUCAGCUGGAAUGUUAGCGCUGGGACGCCACGCUACGCUAAUCGAUAAGGAAGUGGCUAUACCUACUACUCAAGUGACACGAGUACCGCCAUCUUCUAGCUUUGCAUCCACAUCCGGGUACAAGGUACUCAUGGAAAAAAUUGCAAGCCGUCUUCGAGCUUGGGGUCGAUGUGGCACUUCGUACCUGAAGUGCAUGUUUGCUAGUCCCAUCGCAUCGGGACGCAUGCGGCAUCUCACAUCAGACAGUACAGUCCACAGUGAAGAAGAUGAAGAAGACGAUGUCCGGAGUGACGACCGCGGAACUCCUAGCUUCAGUGUGAUGUUCCUAAGUGAAGAUGAGGUCGAAGUUGGAGAGAAAGAGGAUGAUGGAGAAGUCGUGGAAGAGACGUCGGCACUGAGCGUCAAUACUGUCGCUGAAGAUGGUAAGGGGGAAGGAGAAAAACACGAAGGUGAACCUGACGUAGGUGAAGAUGACGAAGGUGAAGGCAACAAGAAUGAAGUCAAAGAAGAUAGAAUGAGUGAAGCCACCGGAAAGACCAAAGACCGCCAUGAUUCCGUUCACACCGAAGGCUCGGACCAAGAACACGGUCUUCUUGAGUCUUUCGCGCACCGUAAAGUGUACGACCUGUGCAGUGUAGAAUGGGUGGAGGGUUUCCAAGUGGACAAAGAGAUCAAAUCCCGUACGACACCAGCGAUACGUGAAAAAGUCGAAGACUUGGAACCUGCCGAGGCACAUGUAGCCGGAGGCGACAAUAAGGGUGAAGCUGGCGACGAGGGUGGUGCAGAGGACGAUAAGGAUGGAGAUCAAAACGAUGAAUCUUCCAGUGAUGAAGACGAAGAUGCCUCGCGUCAGCAGGUGGCAUUCGUCGAUCGCGGUCGCUUCGAUACUUGGACAAUCCUCAACGUUCUCGGGUUAGGUGAUCUCGAUGAUCUGCGUAUGCUACGUCUGAGGGAAGGCUUCUUCAAGUUGCUUGAGCAAUGUUGA